AUGGCGACCGACCGCGACGGCGGCGACGACGACGAUCGCGACAUGAAGGCCGACGCUGCCGCGAACCAGGUCUUUCCCCCCGUCUUCUUAUCAGAAAGGCUUGAUUGGAAGGCAGGGUUUGGCCAGCUUAUCAGCGACCCCGACAGAGACGAAAAUGCCAGAAAUAACGACAUUGUCCUGCCAAGCAACCCCUGCUGCACUCAUUGCAAGUGA